UUUAGGAGUCCGUGUAGUGGGCCACUCAGUAAUAUUGAAUGCAGUCCUCUUGACAAAAGCAAAUGACAGCAAACUCCCGAUAAUGGGUUUUCAUUAAUGGAGAACCAGUGAAAUAAAGACACCCUAGAGGUAAAAUAGUUACCAACGAACAAACUUGAAAAACUCUCAUGGCCUGUGCUACAACCAAACAAAAGUUUUAACACUACAAAGCAUCCCGCCAUUCUUGACAGUUUCUUCAAAUUAUACGUAGCACAAGGUCAAUUACAGGAGCUGAAGAUUUAAUAUACCCUAAUUGCAAUUUUUUGGUGGUUAAUGCUCUAGUUACUGGAGCAGGUCAAUCCUCUUCUCACACAAAGCCAGAUCAGCAUUACAUUCAUUAUAUCAUUGGAGUACGCAAGGAAUACUUGAGGAUCAUUUGUAGACAUUUGAGCAGGCCAACAGUGAAGCUGUCUUUCUAUGAAAUUUUUGAAGAAACAAGCCUGUGGGCAUCAAUGGCAUCAAUAGAUACACGCAAGGAGAGAAUGGCAAAAUUUAUACGGGCACUUUAUUUAGCAAAAUAUGUUAAAAAUGACAAUAUACCGUGUGAAAUUGAACCUGGUCUCUUUCUCGGUUCUAUUGGAGCAGCUCAAAAUAAAUCAGUGUUAAAGAGCUUGAAUGUUACUCACGUCCUAUUAGUGGCAAAUGCUUUGGAACCUGCAUAUCCAAAUGAUUUCAAAUACAAGAAAGUUGAAGUGCUUGACAGCGUGGAUACAGAUCUAGAGCAACAUUUCGAGGAGUGUUUCACUUUCAUUGAUGAAGCUAAGCAGGAGGAAGGUGGUGUUUUGGUGCAUUGCUUUGCGGGAAGAUCGAGAAGUGUAACAAUUAUUGUUGCUUACUUGAUGAGAACUCAUCGAAUGAGUCUAUGCGAAGCUUUGGAGCUUGUGAAGAGUAAAAGGCCCCAAGCAGCACCUAAUCAAGGUUUUCUUUUGCAACUACAGCAUUUGGAAAGUUGUUUGGGAGUGGUUGAUAAACCAGUGGAGAAGGAGACUUUUGGACGGGAUGUUCAUGGUUUCCAAGGUGAUCUAAGGAUGGGAGUUAGAGGAUUACCAGGUGUUCUGAGGACGGGAGUCAAGGAAUACCAUUGAAUAAUCUCAUUUCGAAGGUUAUCAUUAUGCUGAAUAGUUGAGGUUUUCUUGAGUUUUAAGUUUGCAUGUGUUGCAGAAGUUAAUGACAGCAUUAAGGUCAUGGGUUUCUUAUAAUUUCAUGUAUUUUCAUGAUAUUUUGUUAUUAGUAAAUUUGGCUUGAGGUUUAAUGAGUUUAUCCUGAAGAUUUGUGAGCUUGCAAUACAUUUCAAGCUUCGUAUCUGUUCACUAUUUUGGGUUUAUUUGUAUUAGAAAUUUAUUGAUGUAUAUAUCAGACUUGAGGCUGUGGUUUUAAUGAAA